CAAGAUGACUAUAUAGAAGCUUGAGAAAGGGAGCGAGAGGAAGCGCCAUAAGCUUAAAGCUUUUCACUUCUACUGAUGAAGCCGACGAAUCUCUGCCUUGCUUCUUCCAUCUUCCUCCUUCUUCCCGCUCCAGCUGCGAUCUUUGGCGAGUCAUCAUCCCUUUCCGUUCUCUGUCACCCUUAUCUCCCUUAUCCUUCUCAUCUCCCUUUCUCGUCUCACCGUCGUCGGAGGUUUUCCUCGACCCCUAACCCUAAUUUAGACGACCCCAACCAUGUCUUGAGUUACGUGAGGAGAAAUUGCAGAGCUGGUGGUGGUGGCGGCGGUGGGUUUACGAGUGUGGGUGAUGCCCUGUGUUGCUUCGGUAAAAUGAUAAAGGCGAGCCCUUUGCCUUCCUCCGGGGAUUUCAGUCUACUGUUGGGUGCUAUAGUGAGGAUGAAGCACUACUCGACUGUGAUCCGGUUGAUUGAGCGGCUGCCUUCUUUGGGGAUCGAGGGUGAUGUUGCCUUGCUGACCAUUUGGAUGAAUUGCUUCUGCCGGUUAAAGCGGGUUGAUUUGGGUUUGUCUAUCCUGGGCAGAAUCUUCAAGCUUGGGUUUCACAUUGAUGUGGUGGCAUCGAACACCCUAAUUGAUGGUCUCUUUAUUCAGGGCAAAACUGAUCAAGCCUUGAGGUUCCUCGAUGAUAUGCAACGAAACGGCCCCGAACCUAAUGAGACCACGUAUGCGAUAGUUGUGAAGGGGUUAUGCAGGGCGGGUAACACCAAAUUUGCGAUCGAAUUGCUGAGGGACUGGGAAGAGAGAAGCUGCAGGCUUGGUUCCUUCACAUACAACAUAGUGAUUGAUAGUCUUUGCAAGGAGGGAUUGAUUGCAGAAGCGUUGAGACUCCAUGAAAGUAUGAGUAGGAAAGUGAUCAAACCAGAUGUUGUUACUUACAACUCCUUGAUUCAUGGUCUGUGCAAUGUAGGCCAGCUGGAAGAUGCUCUCACAUUGUUGAAAGAGAUGACAAGCAGAGCAAUCCAACCCGAUUUAGCCACUUAUAACUCCUUGGUUCAUUGCUUAUGCAACCUAGGCCAAUGGAAAGAUGCUACGGUCUUGUUGGAGAAGAUGACGAAGGCAGGAAUUGAACCAGACGUCGUUACUUAUACCUCGGUCAUUCAAGGAGUGUGCAAUUCUGGCCAAUUGACAGAGGCUCGAAGACUGCAGAGUCAUAUGGUGCAAAGCAGAGUAAUGCCGAAUGUUCGAACCUUCACUGUCCUGGUGGAUGCAUAUUGCAAAGAGGGAAUGCUUGUAGAGGCCGAGGCCUUAGUCGACCAGAUGAUUCAAUUAGGUAAAAUGCCUGAUAGUGUCACUUAUAAUGCCUUGUUGAAUGGUUAUUGUUUCCAAAAUAGGAUGGAUGAUGCUAUGGCGGUUCUUAAUUUGAUGGUUGAAAGAGGCUGCUCACCUAAUGUCAUUUCUUAUAACACAUUGAUUAAUGGAUACUGCAAAGGGAAAAGAGUUGACAAAUCAAAAAUACUGUUCCAAGAAAUGCUUGAAAGGGGCCUGAAUCCUAACGUCAUCACAUACAGCACUCUAGUAUAUGGAUUUUGCCAGGUUGGGAACCUUGAAGCUGCGGUGGAGCUAAUUAAUGAGAUGCAAUCUCGCAAUCUCUUUCUAGAUCAUUAUACCUUGAAUGCUUUCCUGGAUGGCUUGUGUAAAACACAGCAGAUUGACAAGGCCAUGAUAUUGCUUCGAAAGAUGGAAGAUUCCAAAUUCAUCCCAAACAUCGUGACUUACAAUAUCCUAAUAAAUGGCAUGUGUAAUGCCGGAAAGCUCGACGAUGCAAAGGGGCUGGUUAAUUGUUUGCAUGCUCGAGGCUUGCAACCUGAUGUGUGGACAUGUAACAUUCUCAUGCAUGGGUUGUGCAAAGGAGGAUGUACGGAGGAAGCAUAUCAGCUUCUAAAGGAGAUGGAAGGAAAUGGAUGCUUUCCAGAUGGGGUCACUUAUAACACAAUAAUCCAAGGAUUGCUAAGAAAUAAUGAAAAUACUAGAGCCACGCAACUUGUCGGUGAAAUGGUUGAAAGGGGUUUUUCUGCAGAUGUAGCGACAAUGGAAUUGUGGGUCAAAUAUCUCGUGACAAAUGGAACUUCUUCCUUUACUAGGAGAACUCUCCAUUGUCUCUGAGAUCUGUCCACAUUUUCAUCUGAAAUGUGAUGAAGAGUAAAUCAGAUAUAUGUCAAGUUUUCUUCCAAACGUCUUCUCUUUGUGUCCCAUGUCCCAUUGAUGAAGUUUUUUUAAAUCGGAGAGAUUAUUCACUGAAUCGAACCGCCCAAGACGGCAAAUUUUUGGAGGGGUAUAAGGUGGAUUUUGAUCCUCGUAUAUCUAGGUUCGGUACGAAAUCUCUGUAUUGAACUGUUAUGUGUACUCAUUUGUUAGUGCUUUUGGUGCCUAAUGUUGUUCAAACAGGUGAAAUUCAUACGAAUGAUCAAGCAGUCUGAGGAUGAUAUCGUAUUAAAUAGAUGUUAAUAGCAAUAACUUUACUAUGUAAUGAAGUAUAUUAUGUCAUAAAUCCUGAUUAGCCUAUUGUGUAUGUGCUUUGAGAGAGAGAUCCUAGUUUUCUGUUAUACACUUUCUUUUUUGACAAUCUGAUCCUUUUAAUGUCCUAUUUACCAUAGACACUUCAAAGAAGAGGCAUACAUUGAAGUGGAUGGUAUUUGAAUCGGUAGUGGAGUAUAUUUGGAUCGAGCUGUGUACUCAGAUUAUUACCACAGGUCGAUUACAUAUUUGGUUUAUUUGCUCUGCUUCUUACAUGCAAAUAACAGCGAGGUUUGAGGGACGGCUUGCUGACUAAGGAACGUGGCUGCAAAUGUAUGAAACUACUUGAAGUAUCUUCCCUUUUGCACUGCCAGGGAUUUUCCGAAAAGCAUCUGAUGAUGGGUGAACAUGAAUGCCGUUGACAAACAUUCCCAAUGUUAGCCGUCUUGGGCGAACAACAAUCAACUCCAUUGCAGUCAGGCCCAGAUGAUGUAAAUUCCAUCGUCUUUUCCACUGCAUCAAUUGAAUUACUUUCCCGAUCAAUAGGGUUGGCUCUCAAUGGAAGUACAUUCCUUGCCAUUUUUAUCUGUCUUAAUUACUGACUCGGGGUUUUUAAGUGUCUCACUCACAACAGGAAGAUUUGCCUGGACAGUCUGCCUCUCGUCGUGCCCUCUACUCUUUGUUUGCUGACCCAAUCAUAGUAGCGUGCAAGAGUUCCGGAGAUGAGUCUUUGAUUUAAGUUCACGCAUGGAUACCGUCGUCAGAUAUGAUCAAUUGAGCUCAGAAAAGAGAAUUUGUCAAGCAAAAGGUUCAAAUUGAAGUUGUGCAUAUAUCACAAGAGGAUCAACUCCUUGGCUGUCUCUUUUGUCCGUUUCCUGAUUUAACAACGCAGGUUCAUGGGCUUAUCAACUGAAGCGAGGCCACUUUUACGAUGAAAGGACACAUGCUCAUGGAGGAUCUGAAGUCGUAUGUGUGGUGACCUAUCUGAGAGAGCUGAAUUUAGACCUUUGGCAUCAUUUACUUUCGAUUCAUUGCCAUUGAUCAAUGCCAAUAGUUGAUUACCAUUGAUCCUGCUUUGCUCUGCUCCGGUUAGAGAUGCUGGAAAGUUCGGAUUUUACCUAAAGCCUUUAUGCUGGUGCCACUUUCUCUAGUUUUCUUCCUUGAUUCAGUCAGAAAUCGUAGCUUCAUAUUGUUUCGUGAACAGGUAAUUUCAUUGCUCUGUUUCAGUGAUUCACAAAAUUGAGAUGUAUUCAUGUUGUUUGAAUAUAAAUCAUCAAGAAUUUGAAUUAA